UGGCAACCCUGUCUGUCCAUCUUCAUAACCAAAACAAUUUCCAUAUUAGUGGAAGUUGGGUCUAGAUUAUUUAUUUUGAAUGCUAAUAGGUUUGUUAGCUAGUAGAGUGAACGCUUCCAGUUAGUGAUUAUUUAAUUUUGAAGCCACAAAAUGUCUGGGGAAGGUUCAAGUAAAGAUACGGCUGCAUUGAAAACUCCCAUGCUCUAUAUUUGUGGAGAAUGUCAUAAUGAGAAUGAAUUGAGGCCCAGGGAUCCAAUCCGUUGUAGAGAAUGUGGUUAUCGUAUUAUGUACAAGAAGCGUACAAAGAGAUUGGUGGUUUUUGAUGCCAGAUGAAUAUGUUCCAGUUCCAGAUAGAUGCGAGAUGGAUCACAAAUUUUAAGUUGUUUAUAUAUAAUAUGUUAAUUUUUAUUUGAUCAUUAGUAUUUGUACCUUAUUUCAUAAUAAAUAAACUAUUGAAAUAACA